CUGUGGGAAAGGUUGUGAUGCACCCUCUCACGCACUGGGUGAUUGAUUCGGGUUGCACCAGUCACAUGACCCCACGGGCAGAUUUGCUUGAUGAGGUAAAACCCCCUGGGAAGAUCAAGUAUGUGGCAGCAGCGUCAGGUGCUUUGCUCCCUGUCAUUGGUGUUGGAAAUGCCAAGGUUAAGGGAGCUAAUGGGGAGCUUGUGGGGCUUGGGAAUGUUCUGCUGGUUAAAGGCUUGUCUGCUAACCUUCUCUCUGUGCGACGACUGCAGAAGAGCAAGGCCGAAGUGACCUUUGGACCAACCAGCUGCCGUGCUAAGCUUGGGAAGAAGGUGCUAUGGAGUCUGGAAGAGGAGACCAGUUGCAUCAAGGACCUGUGGCAGCUGCCCAUCAUCCCAUGGAAUGGGAAGACUCCAACAGCAGCAACGGCAGCAGCGGCAAAGGCAACAGCAGGAGGAGAUGCAACUGCACCAACUGAUGGGGAGAAAAGGGGGAAGUUGGAGGCUUCUGGAAGAUGGGGUGUGCACUUGGGGAUUGCAAAGGAUCACAAGGGGUGGCUGCUAUGGGACUUGACCACCCAGAAGUUGACAGUGUCAAGGGAUGUGAAGUUUCUUGAGUCCCUGUACUACAAGGAAUGGAAGCAGCAGCAACAGAAGCUUCCAUCUACACCGCUCAUUGUGGAGGCGGAUGAGGUGCAGCGGCCUUCAAGACAGGUAGAGGUUGCAGUGUCAGAGGAGGAGAUGUCUGGGGUGACUGAGGAAGGGGGAGCAGCUGAAGUAGAGCAGCAGCAGCAGCAGCAUGACGUCGCGAAUACUUCAUCAAUCAACAUGAUUCAAAUUGGGAACGGUAGCUGAGAUAAAGAGCUACAACAUAU